AGCAUCACAAAAUAUUUUGAGGACGAUGCCCCGAGCGCUGUCUGCAGACUUCUUCACCCCGCAUCCGAGGCGAGCGAAAGGCAAGGAGAGGGCGCGAGUGAGCGAGGGCUGCUCAACGUCUGGGAGUAGCGGUUCGGUUGAUGUGGCUUCGUCGUCUUCAGUCUUUACGCGGCCGGUGAGCCCACGAACCGGACUUCCAAAUCGUCCAAGAGCACGACGUCUCAGCAACCAGCGUCCGUUCGCAGACUCUCCUAGAGGGAGGAUACCUACUAUACAUUCUAUGAAUGCCAGAAGUGGCAUAAUACAGCGACGGCAUGCCUCAACACAGCCCAGGCUAUCUCCCAGGGCUCCCAGAACGUCCAAGGCUGAGGUCGCUUUACAUAAUAAAAAUCUAAUAUCCGCUUUUUACGACAGCGAAGCCGACGUCGAUCGCCUAUGGGACAGCUACGAGGCUUUACGCGCCGCAGGAGCUGUGAGAAGUAAGAAGAUCAACCUACUGUCACUCGCGGACCGCUUCAUCUCGCACGCUGGGUCGUUUUACUCGUCACCGACCGUGAAGGACAUAUGGGAAGAAUGGGGUCGUAGAGUCCAAAAUAUCCUAUUGGAGAUGGAGUAUCGAAUAACGGACGAGUACGAUGAACGGGAGCAAAGAUAUUGGCAGAUGAUGAUGUCUCGUGCCUCGGCCCUGCAAGGACGCCUGGACGAGGCUUUGGAGAUGUCGCGGCACGUCACGUCAACGUCCAUACCUGAUACAGAACAUCGACGCGUCGUCGCGAUGUAUCGCACCUUGGUCGCCGCGCUCCGGCAAUUCCGAGAUCCUCGAGCAGUGUUCGAGUUCGUUCUGCAUGACUGGGAAGCCAUAGGCACCUAUCUCAAUGCCCGCUCCGUCAUCGUGUCCCACCCCGAGACUAAACGGCCCACCGUAUACGGCGUGGACGAACUCCGCCGUCUCAUUUACGCGACCGUCGACGAGCUUCCGUCUGCUGUCGACGUCCUGGUCGAGUCGGAGCGCACGUGGCCGCAGUCGUGGCGGCAACGGGCUGGCGAAUUCCUUAUCGACGUCCUCAUCUUCAAGCGAAAGGCUCACGAAGCGCUCGCGGUACUGCGGGAAGUCUACAGGCAGGGGCUCCAUGUGCCAGGAUACUACCAGCUUGAGAUAAUCCAGUCACUCGCCAAGGCUAAUUCUUUUGAGAUCGCGAAUCCUAUGUAUGCGACCCUCCUGCAGGCACUGAAGGACCACCAUGGAAAGCUAGGGUACAAGAUCACCGAGACGGGCUUGUACUUGUUUGCUAGGCAGGGCGAUAUCCGACGAACGCAGCGUUACUUUCGAGCCUUCAGAGACGCAGGUGGUAACCCAGCAAGAGGCGCCGCGCUUCUGCUGCAUGCUCACGCCGCCAAGGGAGACGCAACUGGAGCUGUUGCAGUCUUCAACCAGUACUGUUCGGAUACUGCUUCAUCUGAACAGGUAAAAGCCAAUAUCGUACACUACACCUCCGUAAUUCACGCUCAUGCCCGGCGCGGAGACCAUGAAGGCAUGAACUUGUGGCUACAAAAGUUGGCUGCCGCUGGAUACACUCCGGACAAACACGUCUACAAUGUCAUCCUGAAGGCGUUCGCGGAUAAAGGAGAAAUCAUCUCGAUGGGGUCCGUCUUGGACCAGAUGCGUGCUACAGGAAUUCGUCCCGACCGCGUGGCUUACACUACUGCUAUCACUGCACUCGCGGAGAAGAAGGACCCCAUUGCGGCGGAGGCGUUGUUCAGGCAAGCUUCUCAGGACGGCGUCGUCCCAGACCGAGUGAUGCUUACCGCCCUUAUGAAUGCACACGUCGAGGCUGGAUCCUGGCAAGGCGCCAUCAAUGUCUUCGACUAUCUGCUGACGCAAACGCGAAGACGGAAGAUCAACUUGUCCAUCGAGAUUUAUAACACGCUCUUGAAGGCCUACGUCCUCAUUGGUGCUCCAUUCAGCACCGUCUUCCGCCUUUUUCACCGGCUGGAACAGAUGCAUAUUCGCCCCGACGACCACACGUUUGCGCUCGUCAUGCAAUCCGCCUGCGAUGGCAACGUCAUGGAUGUCGCGGAGAAACUCUAUACCUCUGUUAAAGCGAUGUCCAAGAGCUGGGAGAAUGGCAUUCCACUCACUGUGUACCUGGCCACGAUCAUGAUGGGCGGCUACCUCAAGCACGGCCACAGGAAAGAAGCUAGGCAGAUGUACCAGGAAAUGAUCAAGCUUGGGAUCCAGCCGUCGUCCGUCACCUUCGCGAACAUCUUAACGGCGUACACCAACGAGCGCAGCGAAGAGAGCAUCCAGAUCGCGAAGAAAUUCCUUGACGACUUAUUAUCCGUCGACCCUCACAACUAUGACUGGAUGCAGAACGCUCGUGGUGCCGGCUCGGGUCUGGAGGAGGUUUACGGGCCACUACUCCGGAUCUACGCGAAGAUCGAGCGAGCCGAUGAGGUUGAGACUCUCCUGCAGGAUCUUUUCGACAAAGGCGGAGAGCCUUCGCUCGCGAACAUGACCGCGCUGCUUGAUGUAUACCGCCGAACAGACAACAGUGAAGGUGCGCGCGAAGUAUGGCCGCAAAUCUACAAGCUCGCUCUGGAGGUCUCUAACCUUGGGUAUCUAUUCCACGACAAGGAAGCCCUCCAGAGUGACGACCCUACCCGUCCAGGCGCCCGACGACAAGCAAUUGUGCUAGCUAUACCUCUUUCCAUUUACAUCGACGCACUUUCGACCGCCGGCCUUCACAUGGAGGUCGCCAGGGUCUGGCAGGAGUUGAAGAACGCAGGUUUCACGUUUGACUCUCACAACUGGAACCAUCUCUGCGUCGCGCUCGUCCGUGCCGGAGAGGUCGAACGUGCGUUCGAGGUUAUCGAGCGCGUCAUCCUCCCGUUUCGUCGGGCUCUCAUGCAGCUGGGCGUGCAAGAACGUGAUCAGGACCCGCAGUCUCCGCUGCUAACCGACUGGGAACCGACCGCGGACGACCUCAGCCGCCCGCCUACCCUCUGGCCGAUGAGGGACGCUAGGCGGCGGAACAACAUGCAGAAGCUGGUCCGGAAGCAGCACGUCGCAGUCAACACCGUCAAUGAGCGGCCGCAAGACUUUGCCCACGCCUUGCACGUUCUCCGCCAGGUAUCGCCACAGUGGAACCAAUGGAGACCGCACGUGGCGACGCUGCAGGCACUUGCGGACGCAUAUGAGCACCUGCACAGCGGCAAUCUGGUGCAACCAGUGCAGCCCGCUGGCUCGGCAGAGAGGGCGCCGCAGACUAUCGAGGACGUCGAGGAGCGCGCGAGCAGGGCGCAAGGAGUGCUCGACCGGAUCUAUGACAAUCAUCCUAACGCACUAGAUUACGUUACCCGCUUCAUCGAGUGGCGUAAAAGCCAUGGUCACACAAUGAAGAAACGCGGAUACAUGCGUCGGUGAACCUCUCAGACGUGGUGUGAAUGCAAAAAGCAGUAUGACCCAUGACAUCGAAACCGGAAAGCAUAACGACAACGAGAGACAGGUGAAAGGUACAGGGGGUGCCACCCGGGGUACACUCUACUUCUACACUUUCGAUACAGAAAGCCUGGGCGCGGUCAGCUGUCGUCGUCGGAGUCUUCACCAGACUCAUCCGAGCCGUUGCGCGCGCGCUUGCGGCUCUUGGUAGUGUUAUUCCGGUUGCGCAGUGGCAGCUUCUGGCCUUGGUUACCCAGAGCAAUGGAGAGGGCAGUCGUAUCUGGCACGCCCGGGAACCGCUUCGCUGAAUAAACCACGAACGGGUCCGUGAAUGUCUGCGCAAGAACUGGCGAGACGUCGGUGUGCACACGGUAGCCACCAGGUUCUGGAGCGGGCGGUGCGCCCACGUUCAUGAGCCUCAACCGCAGACGGAAAGUACCCUCGGUACGGAUCGAUAGGUCUUGGAAAAGGAAGAAGAUCCCAGGCUUGCGGUGCUCGUCCAGCAGACGGCACGCGUUCGCCGAUAGCGGGCCCACGAGCGUCCGGGUGUAUGUGUGCCGCGGGAGCGGUGGGAUGGUCGAUGGCGGCGUCGGGUUCUGCGUGAAACCUGGCGUGUGCGGGUAUGACGCCUGGGCCUGCGCUUGCUGCUGCUGCUGCUGGUGUUGCUGUUGUGCGUAGGACGCCGAGGCGUACAGCCCGGUGUCGACGGACUGUGGCUGAUGUUGCUGCUGCUGUACUACUGGCUGGCCGGGCGAGCCUUGCGACGGGACAGGGCCGGGCACCGGUACGACGUGAUACCUAGCGUUAGAAUACGGGUCGAUCGGGCUUGUGGACCAUGCUUGGCUAUGGCCAGCUGGGGCCUGGACAGACGGGUCGCGCAGUGCUGGAUCGAUAGCGUCCGGCGGGUUGCCCUCUAGCGCAGAAUAGCUGGAUUGCUCCUCCGGCCAUGAACGGUACGCGUCUGUCUCGUCGCGAGAACCGCUCGUGACGUGCCAACUAUCGGCGGCGUGGGUCGGGCUUGUAGCAUCAUAUGAGACGUCCGCGCUCGCGGCUGCGGCGCUUGCUUGCGACUCGGCGCGGGCCAUGGUUUGAAUAGAUGGAAGGGCCGGAGGGCCGAAUGGCUGUGCGGGACGAUCCAUCGAGGGGGAUGUUGAGUAUCCCCAGCCUGAAGGAUCAGUCGAAGGCUGAGAACCAUAUGGUGCCACGGGCGUGUAGCUGCCGGACGUGUCUUGGACAGUGCCAUGCUGAGGCGGGAAGGGAUACGCAUGUUGGUAGCCCGGUGUUGUCGGAGUCAUGUAUGGGGUCAUUCCUGUUCCAGAUGUCGGAGGGUAUUGCGAAGUGGAGGGUGUUGGGGGUACAGGACUUUGGCUUUCCGUAGGCUGAGAGCUUGCCUGCGUGCUGGUUGUUGCGGCAUUCGAAGCAGCGGUAUUCCUCCGCUUCUUGUUGUUUGCACCGUUAGGUACGUAGCGGUCAGAAGAUGUUGGGUGCAAGACAAGAUUCAUCUCCUUAUUACCGUCUGCCGACCAUAGGUCGACAGUGACGAGGAAGAACGAACAGUCAACUUCGUCAACGUCUACAACCGAGUGGUCUUCUCGUUGGACAUGCAUCUUCGCUACUGCGGCAGGAGCUAGCGGCCGUCGAUCCUUGUCACCAAAGCCACACAUUCGAGCCCGAAUGGGAUUCUGCACCACCUCCAGAGAAUAGUAUUUUCGACCGUAGGGCGAUGGAGGGCCCCAUGAGCCCCAAAUCUCGGGCACUGGAGGGUUUCCCGAAUUAUGCGGAUUCACUUUUUGGAUCAUGACGGUACGUAGACGUCGCAGGCGAAGGGAAGGAGAGUUGGUACGUCGUGUGUGUCAGAGCUGAGGGUGAUAUACUGUAUGUCUGGUGGUCGCCGAAAGGCACGCUUCUCACGAAAGUGUAAAUAGGCGGUCGGUGAGCAGUUUGCGCAAUGCGAGUACGUGAGAGGCCCGACCCGAUGGUCUGGAGAGCAGAUUCCGGUGAAGGCAGUGGUAACACUUGAUAUUGAGUACAAUUCCGCGUAUGAGCAACGAUCAAGGCCACAAGUCCGGCCUUGGGGCGUGUCUGGUAGUCUACAGGCGCAGAACAGGUCUGUGCAAGAUGUAGGGCCGGAGGGGAUGAAAG